AUAAAGAAAAAAGAUGAAGGAAAAACGCGUCCUCACAAUAGCGUUUUUGCUUGUGCAGUUCUGAGCUCUCAGAUCCCAGUGAGUUUCUUCACCGGAGCCACCGUUCUUUGUUCUUGUUUCCACCGCAACCACUUUCGUUCUUCUCCUAUUCUCUUCUAGUAGUAGUAAUGUAUAAUAACGUUGGAUCCCAACCUGGGGUGCCACAGCCUCCAACAAGUUCACAAGCGAAUCCUUUUGGGAAUGCAUUUCAAGUUGCUGGUUCAGGACUUAUUCGAGGUGGACUGGGUGCCUAUGGAGGAAAGAUUUUGGGAUCAAGCUCUGAGUAUGUCCAAAGCAAUAUAAGCCGGUAUUUCUCUGAUCCCCAAUACUACUUUCAAGUGAAUGACCAUUAUGUUAAGAACAAAUUGAAGGUGGUUUUGUUUCCAUUUCUACACAGGGGCCACUGGACUAGAAUUACUGAGCCAGUCGGGGGUAGGUUGUCCUAUAAACCACCUAUUUAUGACAUAAAUGCACCAGACCUAUACAUUCCAUUGAUGGCAUUCGGUACCUACGUUGUUCUUGCUGGCCUCUCAUUGGGUCUUCAUGGAAAGUUUAGUCCAGAGGCUUUGAACUUGUUAUUCAUCAAGGGAUUGCUUGGUUGGUUUAUGCAAGCCUCACUGCUUAAGAUGACUUUGCUUUCACUGGGCAGUGGGGAAGCUCCACUGCUGGACAUCAUAGCAUAUGCUGGAUAUACUUUCACUGGCAUAUGUUUGGCUGUUCUUGGAAGAAUAAUUUUGGGCUACUCCUACUACUUUUUGAUGCCAUGGACCUGUUUAUGCAUGGCAGUAUUUUUGGUGAAAACAAUGAAGAGAGUUCUUUUUGCGGAGGUUAGGACUUAUGACUCCAGCAAACACCACUAUCUCUUGCUCUUCAUUGCUUUGGUCCAGUUCCCAUUGUUCACAUGGCUUGGCAACAUUACUGUCAAUUGGCUUUUAUAGAGUGAUAGCUUUUAGACUGUACUGAGGCUGUUCAUAGUUGAAUUUUUUUGUUUUGUUGAUGUUGGACAAUUGUAACACGAUGGACUUUUUGUUUCCCCAUUGAUUUUAUUUGUUGGUAAGGUUGGGGGGGAGUAAACCUGAUCAGAAGUUGGACAAUUGUCCACGUAUAUGGUUAUUUUUUGCUGUACUACUUAACAAUUCAAAUAUUUUUCUUCAACCA